AUGAUUAUGAAUGACAACGAUGCUCCAGAGCUGGUGGGAUUAACGACAGAACUUCAGGAUAAUCUUAAGGAGCUUCGGACAAAGCUUCGUCCGAUCGAGGAAAAAUUGCAGAAGCAGAUAAAGCAACUGCUAAACUCAGACUUGAUCGAGGCUGAUGAGGAAGCAACAGAGGCCAAUGAAAAACGCGAGAAUUCUAAAGCUUCGACGAAAGCAUCCAGUGAAGGGAAAUCAAAGAAACGUAAACCUGCCGUUGAGGAGGCCGGGAAUGGAACAAAUGAUCAUGUUGAGGAGGCAGAUAAUAUGGUGGGAAUCGUGAGCAAACAAAUGUUGGAAGAGAGGUCUCGCUUGGAUGCUCGUACACAAGUAGGGAGGCAUGUUGCCCAUGUACCCGUAUCAAAUGAAGAGCGUAAAAAAGCUAAGCGCCUUAAGGCUAGCACUGUAAUGACAAGAACGGGCGAUGAUUUUGAGGAUGUUGUGGACAACGAUCCUGGAGUGUCGAAUGGACUUCUCAAUGCGAAGCCACGGUAUUUUCACAAGUCAUCGCUCAAGCUGCCUAAGCACGAGAAGGCAGUCAUUCGUCGGAAAGGUCAAGUACGUGAAAUGCGACAAGCUACAUCGAACUAUGGCGGUGAAUCUACUGGUAUUAGAGCCAACACUAGUCGGAGUGUUCGGUUAAAAAACUAA